GUUGCAGCAUGUACUUAAUAUAUGGAGGAGCUGCUCGAGCUGGGGGAGACCUCCCUCUGGUAAAGAGUAGAGCUUGACGUGUUUUCCCUUCGAGAUAACGAUCCCCUCGAAAAACGUCGACGAGAGACAGAUCGCGCUCUUUCAUCAUGGCGCCGGGCUUCUUCAAGAAUCGCCGCGUGUACUUGCUCGCGACGGUGGCAUACAUGGGCUCCUUGCUCUUUGGAUAUGACACGGGCGUGAUGGGGAGCGUGCUGGCGCUCAAGAGCUUCAAGAGGGACUUCGGUCUGCCGAUGGACAGCUCAGGCUUCGCCAACUCGCACAACGCGCAGGUGUCGUCGAACGUGGUGUCGCUCCUGACGGCGGGCUGCUUCUUCGGGGCCAUCGGGGCGGCCUUCCUGAACGAACGCUUCGGGCGACGGUUCUCGCUGAUGGGCUUCUCGCUGGUGUUCCUCGUGGGCGCGGCCAUCCAGGUCGGCGCCCAGCACUCCAUCGGGCAGAUCUAUGGCGGGCGGGUCAUCGCGGGCCUGGGCAUCGGCGGCAUGAGCAGCAUCACGCCCAUCUUCGUGGCGGAGAACUGCCCGCCGGGCGUGCGCGGGCGCAUCACCGGCCUCUUCCAAGAGUUCCUGGUCAUCGGCUCGACCUUUGCGUACUGGCUGAACUACGGCGUCGCGCUGCACAUCCCCGAGUCCACCAAGCAGUGGCGCAUCCCGGUCGCCAUCCAGCUCAUCCCCGGCGGCUUCCUGUUCAUCGGCCUGUGGUUCCUGAAGGAGUCCCCGCGCUGGCUCGUCUCCCGCGGCCGCGUCGAAGAGGCCACCGCCUCGCUGGCCUACAUGCGCUGCGAGUCCCCCACGGACCCCGAGAUCGUGAAGGAGAUCGCGGAGAUCCAGGCGGCCAUCGAGGAGGAGCUGGCGGAGACGGAGGGCGUGCGCUGGCGCGAGUGCCUCACGCCGGGCAACCGCUGGCGCUUCGUCAACGGCUUCUGCAUCAUGUUCUGGCAGCAGUUCUCGGGCACCAACAGCAUUGGCUACUACGCGCCCGAGAUCUUCCAGACCAUCGGCGUGUCCAAGACCAACGCGUCGCUGUUCGCCACGGGCGUCUACGGCACCGUCAAGGUCGCCACCACGGCCAUCUUCCUCCUCAUCGGCAUCGACAAGCUGGGCCGGCGCAAGUCCCUCAUCGCCGGCGCCGCCUGGAUGAUGACCAUGAUGUUCAUCCUCGCCGCCGUGCUGAACACGCACCCGCCCACCGACGUCAACGUCGUGUCGCCCGCCUCCAUCGCCAUGGUCGUCAUGAUCUACCUGUACGUGAUCGGGUACUCGGCCUCCUGGGGCCCCAUCCCCUGGGUCUACCUCUCCGAGAUCUUCCCCACGCGGCUGCGCGCCUACGGCGUCGGCAUGGGCGCCGCCACCCAGUGGCUCUUCAACUUCUGCAUCACCGAGAUCACGCCCAGCGCCGUGAACCACAUCGGCUACCGCACCUUCAUCAUGUUCGGCGUCUUCUGCUUCGGCAUGGGCACCUUCGUCUUCUUCUUCGUCAAGGAGACCAAGGGCCUCAAGCUUGAGGACAUGGAUAUCUUGUUCGGUGCCGUCGAGGAGGCUCAGCGUCGUGCGGACGUGGAGCAGGUCCUGCAUAAGCAGGUCGUUAUGGGUGGAGAUGAGCUGGAUGUCCAGGAGGCUAAGGGCCCGACAAGCGUUAGGUUGGAGAAUGUGUCGCCGGCUACGCACGAGGUCGGCGCUGGGGAUGUGAAGUCGUGAAGUCGCGGGAGCCAGUGUCCUCCCUCGCUUGGGAUAGGGGAAGGGGAAUAAUAUAUUCACGUGAUUUCUAUAUCCAUACCUCAAGGUAGUU